AUGCAUCGUUGGUUUUUUGCCAAUGAGGAGCAAAUUUGCAGGCCACCGCCUCCCACCACACCUUCAGUCUCAGCAGUCACUGAGCCCAGUGUAUCCUCGUUAAAUGAAAUUCCCGAUACAGAAUGGAAAUUUACCGUAAAAUACAAAAGAAAAUUGUGUUCCAAUGAAGUUUUGGCCGUAACGGGUAAUAUACAAAUAUUGGGUAAAUGGCAGGUCCAGCAAUGUGUGCCAAUGACGAAAAUGGAAGGGAGUCCCUCUCUAUGGACGGUGACUCUAAUGUUGCCACGUAAAUGUGAUAUAUGUUACAGAUAUUUGAUAUGUGCCAUCAAUGGUGACAAUGGGCGUAAAUUGGUGCGGUUUUGGGAGACCCAUAAGAAGGGGCGCCUCAUACGUACAGAAGAUGUACAGGAAUUGGAAUGCCCGUCAUAUGAAACCUUUGGGGUACUCAAGGGUAUUACUGACUAUAAUGCGCAACGAGGUUGGCUGUCUAGCUCGGAUAUUAGAAUAUUGCAAUUCCGUUUCGACAAGGCUCCAUUUGUUUUGAAAAUGGAAAAGGAUAAGUUGGCAGAGGUAUCGAUACAUGUAAAGCUUAGUCUUUUGAGGGUGCGAUCCAAAGAGGAAGGAAAGGAUGAACAAAAUUCCAAUAUGAGUUGCAAUAUUUCCAAAGAGACUGGUAUGGAAAAUUGUGAUUUUCAACAAAAUCUUCCCAAAAUGUUGGCAUUUUGUGAAGUGGCCAAUGUGGGUCGGGAAGAUGGCUCCACCCUUCGCUAUCAAUCAAAAUAUGGUACACGCUGUGGUCCCAAUGAUAUUCUGUUGUUCCACAUGACCCUGGAUGACAUGACAAAUACUGCCUAUUUGAUUGAUUUAUAUACCUACCCUUCGAAGCCGGCCGAGGAUAUACCACCCUAUCAUUUUGGCUAUCAACAUAUUCUGCCACAGCAAUUAAAUGGAUCUGAAGGUACUUUAAAUCUCCCCAUAAUGUGUGCCACCCGACAUCGUCCAAUUGGUAACAUGACAGUGGAAUAUUUGCUGAUUAAGCCCCUAAAUUCGGUGGAUUUUAAUCUGGAGAAACCCUUUGAAUGGCAAUGGAAGAAAAAACCCAGCCUCGAUAUUGGUCAUCGGGGUUGUGGCAAAAGUUUUUGGCAUCAAAAAGAUGUUCUUCGUGAAAAUACCCUCAAAUCUUUUGGGAAGGCUUUUGAUCAUGGCGCGGAUUUCGUGGAACUUGAUGUACAUCUUACUCAGGAUAAGGUGCCAAUUGUAUAUCAUGAUUUCCAGUUGUAUGUGUCACGCCAGGAGGAUCUAAGUUCGGUCGAGUUUGACAUUUUUAAACUAAAUUUGGAGGCGGAUGAUAUCAAUGGCCUUAGGCGUUAUGCGAAACCUUUAAAAUCGGGUCUGAUUGCAAUAUCUCUAAAUAAAUUCAAACUUGAGCACUUGGAAGAUGUAAAAAUUUACAAUGGCACUUCAAAGGAUAUACCUUCCAGUUCAUCGUUUAUAUCCUGUCCCAAGGAUAAUACCUUGAACUUACCCUUCCCUAGCCUGGAAAAGGUUCUCAAAAAACUGCCAAUAAAACUGGGAUUCCUACUAGAUAUCAAAUGGCCUCAACAGCUGCAAAACGGUAAACAUUACGAGGAGAAUUUCCAACCCGACAUGGAUAAAAACGAAUAUGUCGAUAAUAUUUUGAAUACCGUGCUACGUAAAUCUGGCAAUCGUCGGAUAAUAUUUUCCUCAUUUGAUGCUGAUAUUUGCUCCAUGAUUCGAUUCAAACAAAAUCUUUAUCCUACCAUGUUUAUUAUUAAGAAUUCUGAAACCGAUUUGAAAUAUUUGGAUCCUCGUGGUGAGUUAUUGCCCACAGCUUCAUAUUUUGCUAGGGCAAUUGAACUAUACGGCGUCGUUGCGGAAUCAGAUGAUAUUUUAAGGGCUUCGGGAGAAAUCUCAAAUUUUCAUAAACGUAAUAUCCAUCUGUUUGCCUGGGGUGAUGUAGCACGCUCGGAACAGUGUCGUCGAUCAUUGAAAGCUGCUGAUGUGGAUGGUAUCAUUUUUGAUCGCAUUAACCAUGUUACGAAUGUGGAGGACCUUAAACAGAAUAUUUUCUUAAUAGAAUUGAAGGAGAAUACCAGGAAAAUGUCGUUAGGUAAAUAAUUAUUAAAUCUAAUUUGGAUAUUUACAAAAACGA